GUCACUCAUUCGGAAGAUAACCAUGGCAGCCACCAAAUCCUCAAAAGAGCAGAAAUACGACAGGCAACUCAGGCUGUGGGGUGACCACGGUCAGGAAGCGCUGGAGAACGCGCAUGUUUGUCUGAUCAACGCCACAGCAACUGGAACAGAGAUACUGAAGAACUUAGUACUUCCAGGUAUUGGAGCAUUCACCAUAGUUGAUGGACACACAGCCUCUGGGGAAGAUGUUGGAAACAACUUUUUCCUUAGCUGCAACAGCAUUGGAAAGAACAGAGCACAGGCUGCCACCGAGCUGCUACAAGAACUUAACAGUGACGUCUCUGGAAACUUUGUCGAGGAGAGUCCAGACAAGCUUCUGGACAACAAUCCAGAGUUUUUCCACAGGUUUACCAUAGUCAUCGGUGUCCAGUUGCCGGAAAGCACGUGUUUGAGGCUAGGCUCAGUUCUGUGGAGCGCCUCUGUACCUUUCCUCGUCUGUAAAACCUAUGGCCUGAUUGGCUGCAUGAGACUAGUGGUGCAGGAACAUACAGUGAUUGAAUCUCACCCAGACAAUGCCUUGGAGGACCUGAGGUUGGACCAGCCUUUCGCUGAAUUCAAGAACCACAUUGAGUCCUACGACCUUGACAGCAUGGACAAGAAGGAUCACAGUCACACACCGUGGAUUAUCGUUGUUGCUAAAUACCUGGAGAAAUGGCUCAGUGAGCACAACUAUCAGCCACCGAAAAACUACAAGGAAAAAGAGGCCUUCAGAAAGUUUAUUCGGGAAGGGAUCCUGAAGAAUGAGAAUGGUGUCACAGAGGAUGAAGAAAAUUUUGAGGAAGCUAUUAAGAAUGUCAAUACUGCUUUGAACCCAACCAAGAUUCCUAAUGCUGUUGAAGACCUCUUCAAUAGUGAGCAGUGUAAUAACAUCACAUCACAGAGUCUGUCCUUCUGGGUGAUGCUGCGAGCUCUGAAGGAGUUUGUUCUCAACGAAGGCAAUGGAAGCCUACCUGUGCGGGGGACCAUCCCAGAUAUGAUCGCGGAUUCUCAGAAGUUCAUCAACCUUCAAAAUGUUUACAGGGAAAAGGCCAUGCAGGAUGCAGCAGCUGUUUCUAAGCAUGUAGAAUGUCUACUGCAGUCUGUUGGAAAGCCACCAGAGAGCAUCUCUGAAAAGGACAUCAAACUGUUCUGUAAGAAUUCAUCUUUUCUGAGGGUGGUGCGCUGCAGAUCUUUGGCUGAAGAAUAUAGUGUGGAUUCAGUAAAUAAAGAUGAGAUCACCUCAUGCAUGGACAAUCCAGAUAGUGAGAUGGUCUUCUACCUCAUGCUCCGUGCUGUUGAUCGCUUCUAUCAGCAGCACUCCCGCUACCCAGGAGUUUAUAACUACCAAGUGGAGGAUGACAUCAGCAAACUGAAGCUCUGUGUGAACAGCCUACUGCAGGAGUACAGCCUCAAUGUCAACAUCAAAGAUGAUUACAUCCAUGAGUUCUGUCGAUAUGGUGCAGCAGAGCCACACGUAGUUGCUGCAUUUUUGGGAGGAUCUGCUGCUCAGGAGGUCAUCAAGAUCAUCAGCCACCAGUUUGUGCCCCUCAGCAACACUUUCAUUUACAACGCAAUGUCACAGACCUCCGGCACCUUUCAGUUGUGAUUACAGUUACUGAUCCUGAGUUUGCUUGCAGAGAUAUCAGAGAAAAUAGAGCAAGAUCAAAAGAGGCAUUUAACUUCUCACUUUUGUAAAUCUCAACGGCCAACUGCACAUCAGUCUUUUAAAAGAAGGAAGAAAGACUGCAUUUUCAUCACACUGGAAUGAGCUAGCUCCACAAAUGUGUGCACUUCAACCUAACAAAUGCUUCUCAUGCAGAAGAUCAAAGGUCAGGACUUUUUAGACUGAAGGCUCUAUCAACCAUAGAGCUUCGCCGCCUUCUUUAAAGUUCUUGAAGGGUAAGAAAUCAGGGUAGCACUCACAGGAUCUUUUCUAGCUUUUUUUUGUGGUUGACAUCAUUAAACAAAGCUGGAAAUGAAACUAGCAAAUUCAGAACCUUCAUGUGUUUUUUUCAUCUGUGAAACUCUAUGAAUGAUAUAUGACCGUUGUACAGUGUAGCAGCACUUUGUUUACUUUAGUCAUGACUGGCUCUUAUUGUGUUGUAUUGUGUUUGGAAGGUGGAAGAUUUUUGGUUAAAAUGGGGAAAAAAAAGCAUUGUAGUGUUGAACGCUUCUGUAUUGCUAUAAAAACGUUCAAUAUGUUAUCUGAAUUUGAUCAUUUUUAUGUCAAAGGCAAAUGUUUUGAUAUGUCUCUCAUCUGACAAAUUUUGGGCUUGUGCAGCUUGGCCUCUCUUCAUACACAGUCUGAUAAACACUUUGAGUUAAGCAACCGUGGCUUGUUGACUUUAAUAGUUGAAACAAGGAUUACACAGUUAUUUAGCCAGAAUAAAUGUUAGAUGACGAGCAUGUGAGCUUCUUCAGAGGCCUGUAAUGUGACUUGGCCUCUGGCAGGAUUCACAACCCAGGUUAAAGACCAGUUUUGUUGUGAGUUGGUGGCUUUAUUUUGUCCACCACUAGAGGGAACUCUUCCACUUGUUGCUAUUCAUAGGUCAGUGUUUGUAGCUCUAAGUUUCCUUCACAUACCUGUUCACUGACUGAUUUCUGAAUGCUGACCGUUGGAUACAGGCUGAAUUUGACGCAAUCUGCUAAAACUUGCAAUGUUAAAUAUCAACCACUGUGUUGUUUCCCAUUAGCUCUGUUUGAGCUGCCCUGAAAUGUAGAUGACGUCGGUCUUGAGUAUGAUCUAAUAUGCAGCACAGAGUCCUGCAGGAGAACUAUGUUAUGAGGGUCAUUGUGAUGUAACCGUUGGGCAGGGUGAAGUUU